AUGAGAAGCAAGAAGGACAUAUUAUUGACACAGCGCAAAUAUGUUCUUGAUCUACUGAAGGAAACUGGAAAGUUGGGAGCAGCACCGACUAAUUUUCCUAUGGUUCACAACCCACUCCUUGACGCUGAUGGGAGCAUACCGCUUGAUAACUCUCUUGAUGAUGAGAAACAGAUGCUUGAGGCUCAAAAGAGCAAACCAUUUGAGAAUCCUGAGAGGUACAGGAGAAUGAUUGGCAAGUUAAACUAUCUCACUGUAGCUCAUCCGGAUAUUACUUAUUCAGUCAGUGUACUAAGCCAGUUCAUGGCAUCCCUAACUGUCACACAGUGGAGAGCCUUGGAGCACGUAUUACAUUAUUUGAAGGGAUGUCCAGGUCGUGGGAUAUUAUACAAAAAUCAUGGUCAUACAGAAAUUGAGUGCUUCUGUGAUGCGGAUCAUGGUGGAUCAAAGGCCACGAGACGGUCUACUACAGGAUAUUGUGUCUUUGUGGGUAGGAACCUGGUAUCCUGA